GCCACAAGGAAAUUAUAUUGAAGAGCACCAGAAAAAACAUGGUCACAGAUUGGAUUAUUUUGAAACUAAACGAAAGAAGGAGGCUCGUUUACAUAACAAGACCUCAAAGAUGGCAACCAAGUUGAGAGGUAUCAAGGCUAAACUCUUCUCCAAGAAACGUCACGCCGAAAAGGUUCAAAUGCAAAAACAAAUUAGAGAACAUGAACAAAAGAAUAAGGAAGAACGUACACCAAGUGAAGAUAUUGUUCAUGGUGGAGCUGUUCCAUCUUAUUUGAUGGAUCGUGAAGGUGUUUCACAUGCAAAGAUUCUCUCAAAUACUCUUAAACAAAAGAGAAAGGAAAAGGCUGGUAAAUGGGCUGUUCCUGUACCAAAGGUUAGAGCUUUGAAUGAAGAUGAAAUGUUCAAGAUUGUUCGUAGUGGUAAGAGAAAGAGACAAAUGUAUAAGAGAAUGAUCAAUAAGGUCAGUUAUGUAGGUGAAGAUUUUACCAGAAAACCACCUAAAUUUGAAAGAUUUAUUAGACCUAUGGCUCUCAGAUUUACAAAGGCAAACGUCACACAUCCUGAAUUGAAGGCAACUUUCCAAUUACCAAUUUUGGGUGUUAAAAAGAAUCCACAAUCAUACAUGUAUACAACUUUAGGUGUAAUUACUAAGGGUACAGUUCUUGAAGUCAACGUUUCUGACUUGGGAUUAGUAGCUCCAAAUGGUAAAGUUGUGUGGGGUAAAUAUGCUCAAGUUACAAAUAAUCCAGAAAAUGAUGGAUGUAUUAAUGCUGUCCUUUUGGUGUAAUUUCUUAACUCAUUGGUACAUUGUUGUUUGGAUAAUGGCACCACUGUACUCAUUAAGAGAAGCUUUAUUGAGGAUGAUUUUGAAUCAUGCUUAUUUAACAACUUGCUGAUUAAUUUUCAAUUUUGUACAAAGUAAAUCCUGUCAAAUUAUUUCCU